AUGCCUUGCAUGUUGUAAAGAAGCCAUUUUGGUAGUUUUCUUCCACCGGACACAUGAUGAGUGUUAGAUACCUGAUUGUAGAUGUCUACAGGCAGUGGUGGUCUUAGCAGUUUGGGGGCCCUGGGCAAAAAAAUAAAAAAAAAACAAAAAAAAAAACUUUAAAUUAAUGUCCUUACUUGUCCACUGUUUGACAGAAUCAAUGUCAAGAAUCCAGAUGUUUUGAUGUUUUGAUAAAAACUGAUCAUUAAAAACUGCAGUGAGGCAGACUUCACAACCUGCACUGAAAAUAAACAGGAAAUACAGCCAUUUUGAGGAUUUUGAUUAUGAUCAAGUGUACAAAUUGCAUUUAUGGAAUGGGUUGGUGCACGCAUUCAUUUUUAUCAUUAGUAGGCUCUACAUGUCAUGACGGCAGGUGAGGCACUGCUUCACCUGCUUCUCCUGACCACAUGUCCCCGGUUGAACCAUACUUCAAUAAGGAACUAAAAACCACUGAACCAAUCCCAAACCAGCAUCAAUUAUGCCCACCUGCCCAAAACAAUUUUCAACUGCCAAGUCGAAUUCAACUGGAACUACUCAAUUAGGCGGAAAACUGGCCAAUCUGGAAAAACGGAAUUCUCUGUGGGUCAAUUUCCUGUUGAGUGGAAUAUUCCAUUGCUGCAGAGGGAUGGGGGAGGACGAAAAAGGUUCCCAUUUCAGUAUUUUGGGGUGUUUUAUUAAUGACAGAUUUAAAUAAUAAUACGAGUAAAAUUAUGAAGUGUUCUGGUUGGGACCCCAGACUAUCCUUUGCCUAAUGGUGAGUCCUCCACCGUCUACAGGACACCUUCAUUUUAUUACUCUAUUAGAUGUCUACCAAUAGUGUUCUUCUCUGAUUUCACUGCAAAGGCUUAAAUUAAUGUUAUGUUAGUGGAUGUGUCUUAAUUUCCCAAAGUGUAGAAAAUAACUUGACUAAAUUAAUUCAACUUUAUUUCUUUAUUCUAAUGGUAUAUUCACUCUUUUUAAAGCUGUUCCUGCAUCUUCCUGUUUUCUUUUGCACUUUGUGUGAGGUAAUAGCAUUAUUAGUAAACUGCAAACUGAACUGUAAUAUCUUUUUUUAGAUGUAUGCAUUUAACUAGUAGCUGAUGAUGAACCACUGUUUGGAUCUGACCUGCUCCAUGUGAACCCAGUCUGUCCACACGCUGAUGUUCAUCAGGGUCUUCUGAAGGUUGAUGGAUUUGUCAGAUUUCUCAGCAUGCUGAGCAGAAAAGCCUGAGAGGAAACAUCCCAAGAAGGCCUUGAGUGGAGGAAAACAGUGUGAGGGGGCGGGGGGCCAGAGAGGGAGGAGGUUAUUUUCAUCAAAGGACCUCACAAGAUAAUGAGACCCUGAAGCCCCCAGAUCUCCUCGGCAGCACACAGACAGAAGGAAAGACGGACGGAUGAGCGGACGGACUGCAGAGCUGGAAGCCUGAGGAGAGUCGCAUCAGUGGAUCUGAAAUGACGUGGCGAGAGGAGCUGCGUAGUAGAAAGUUCUGGUGUGCUAUUCUGGCAGAGCUGUUAGGUACCCUGGUGCUGGUGAGCGCCGUGCUGGGCGCCUCUGUUCCGGGCCCUGAAGAAGCCGCCGUGGGACCCCUGUAUCCUGCAGCGGCAGUGGGCGUGGCCAUCAUUGCACUGAGUCACUGUUUUGGAGAAAUGAGCGGAGCGCAAGUGAACCCUUCUCUGACUCUGUCUCUCUUGGCCACUCGGAGGCUGGACGCUCUGCGGGCCUUGGUUUACAUCGCCGCCCAAUGUUUGGGGGCCUGUUUAGCCGCCUGGAUGCUGUACCUGGCCUUACCCCUCAAGACGACAGCGGAGCACUUCGUUAACAGGGUGCCCAUCGAGUUAAACGCAGCUCAGGCUUUGGGGAUGGAGGUUCUGUGUACCUUCCAGAUGGUCUUCACUGUGUACUCGGUGGAGGACCAGCGACGGAGAGACAGCCCAGAACCAGGAAACCUGGCCAUUGGAGCGGCCCACUCUGCUGGAGUUCUCAUAGGGGCUCGCUUUUCUGGUGCCAGUAUGAACCCGGCACGCUCCUUGGGUCCAGCCAUCGUCACGGGUUUCUGGGAGAACCACUGGAUUUAUUGGAUUGGACCAGUGAUGGGUGCGUUGCUGGCUGGAGUGUCCCAUGAGUUCUUUUUCGCACGCAGCGCCUCUCGUCAGAAGCUAGUGGCCUGCUUGACCUGCAAAGACAUUGAGAUUGUUGAGACGGCCAGCGUGACCGGAUCGUCGCUGUCCACGGUCACGCAGAACGCCGCCAGAAGCAAACAGGCCAACAAACCGGAGAACAACUGAAGAUGUGAAAGGACCCGGAGCUUCCUGCAGCACAACUGUAAUUCAGUCAGACUUCACACUGCUGGGGGCCAAUGAAAAGAUGUGUUGGACAAGGGAUUUUUAAAAGUUAACUCACUAUAAACCAGUGCUGAUCUCUUAAAAACAUCGUGUUAUUUUAGGGUUAUAUAGUUGUAAUCAUAUAUCUUUGCACCAACAUUCAUUUUUAUGAUGUAACACAACAGUUGUUUUUAUUUUAAUUUGAUCUUUUUGCUCCUCCCUUCUCUGUAACAAGUUCUUCUGAUUGGUUUCCUUUUUGGGACAUAGGAGGAAAGUUGUCAUUUGAUUGGUUCACUAUGUUCCUGCACAGAAACACAAAAGGUUGGAUGGAGUUUUGUAAUUAUACAAAAAAAGUCUUUAUUUUUGUGCAUUGAAAUCUCCACCAAAUGACAGCAAGAAUGAUGAUUGUCAUCUGCAUCCAUCCUGUGCUUUAAUCUAGGGGUUCAUUUAUGUCAGGCCAAAAAAUAAGCAACUCAGAUUAGACAUCCCAAUAAUGUUAGUUUGCCAAUUAAUCUUUGGUCUAAAUUGAAUUCAUAGCAUUAAAAUGAAGCAUACUCAUCUGUCACGAUUGCUUUAACUCCACAUCCAAUUGGGAUUCAUCUAUUUGCUUCAUGCACUGUAAAAAGUAAAAAGUUGGAUUAAUUGACACACUGGAACAAAACUUACCUUUUUGGUUAAUAACAGACUUCUUAAACAUCUUAAGGAUGAGAUUUACAAGACCAGAGGAUCAGAAAGUCCACGAAUGUUUUUGCCUAAUUUAUUUAUAUUAAUGUUGGGGAGAAAGUAAACUGCAUCCACUGUCAUAUAUGGCAAAAGUAUCACUUGGGAACAAGACCUUCCUUUUCAUGGUUAAAAACACACUUCUUAAACGUCUUAAGGAUAAGAUUUACUAAACUAGAGGAUCAGAAGGUCUCCUAAUGUUUUUGCCUAAUUAAUUUACAUUAAUGUUGGGAAAAAAGUAAACUGCAUCCACUGUUAUAUGUGGUAAAAAUAUUACUCGGGAACAAGACUUGUGUUUUACGGAUCAAAACACACUUCUUACACAUCUUAAGGAUAAGAUUUACAAAACAAGAGGAUCAGAAGGUCCAGUGAUGUUCAUGUCUAAUUAAUUUACAAUAAUCUUGUAAAAAAGUAAACUGCAUCCACUGUUAUAAGUGGUAAAAAUCUUACUCGCGAACAAGACUUGCCUUUUGCAGGUAAAAACACACUUCUAAAACAUCUUAAGGAGGAGAUGUACAAACCAGAGGAUCAGAAGAUCCUGUGAUGUUCAUGUCUAAUUAAUUUACAAUAAUCUUGGAAAAAAAGUAAACUGCAUCCACUGUUAUAGCUGGUUAAAACAUCACAUGGGAACAAGACCUGCCUUUCUGGGUAAAAACACACUUCUAAAACAUCUUAAGGAGGGGAUUUACUAAACCAGGGGAUCAGAAGGUCACCUGAUAUUUUUGCCAAAAUAAUUUAAAUUAAAGUCAGAAAAAAAGUAAACUGCAUCCACUGUAGUAGAUGGUAAAAACAUCACAUGGGAACAAGACUUGCCUUUUAACGCUAAAAACACAAUUUUAACAAAACCAGAGGAUCAGAAGGUCUCCUGAUGCUUCUGCAUCAGGUAGUGUUAAAUCCUGUUUUUGGGGCAAUGUUUAUUGUAAAUGUAUAGCAUCGUUAAGACAUAUAACAUAAAUGAAUCCUGACUGAUUUCCUUUAAAAUGGUGACCUUAAGGUCUCUACCUUUCACUGUAGCCACUAUAAUGAGAUUCAGCAUCUGCUUUUGCAUUUACAUCCCAUUUCAAUAUGUGAAAGAGACUCAUUGAAAAUCAUGCUGAAUGACGCCCUCAUGUUCUCGCUGCAUAUUGUGUUAGUGAGCGCUUUGAAAUGCUAAGCAGGUCCUGCCCCGGCUCUGUGGACGUAGCCAUGCUGUCAGGAUCAGUACAUCUCUCAGUUCCAUUUAUUUAUUUAUUUAUUUUUACUAAAGCCUCUUGUUCACCAUCAAAUAGACCUUCAUACCUCCAUAAUGGCUGUACAUAGAGAACACUUUCAGUGCAAACAAGCUUUGUAGUUUCAAAUGGAGGAAAAUGGCAGGACGUCUGUGGGUGAAUGCUGUUUUCAAUUUGCUUUGAUGAAACCUUUAAUUUUCAUUGCAUUUUUUUCACUAAUGUUGUUUAAAUGUAUUUAAGGAACCAAAAUUUGCCCUUUAAUUUAGGCAAUUCCCCUUUUUUGUGGGAUCAAUAAAGUUUUGUUCUACUCUAAAAUGAAA